AUGUCGACAGAGACUUUCACUGCGGCCUAUGAGAUGCUUGUGCGGCGAAGUAUCGCCGCACAAGCAUCCUGGUACUAUCAUCAAAUGACCAAGUCUCAACAACAGAGCAACACUCAUUGCAAUGCACAGAAACUUGCUAAGCAUAGCAACUCUCUACUGUACGGCGUCGUCAAUGCCGUCCGAGCCAUCCCCACCAUGUACGGAUACGCCGUCAUCAUCUUCAGCCACCACGCCUUCGCCAACUUCAUGCCAGCGCUCUCCAAGCUCGUCAUCUUCUCCAGUGCCGUCCACCAAGUGAUGUUCACACUCAUGAGCACCAUGCCAUUCGCUAUCGGACAAGUCCAGGACGCCGGUCUCAUUUUCCUAAGCGCCAUGGCCACCUCCAUCUGCAACUCGCUCGGAGACGACGUGUCUCCAGAAGCCAAGGUCGCCACAACCAUCGUCACUAUCGGCAUCGCUACAGCUUCACUUGGAGUCUGCCUCGUCAUCAUGGGACGCUUUAAACUGGCAGCUCUCGCUUCGUACUUGCCCAUGCCAGUGAUCGGUGGAUAUCUGGCCUUCAUCGGUGUCUUCUGCCUUUACGCGGGUCUUGCACUCAGCACGGGACUAGUCAUCAACGACUUCUCCUCCAUGAUAGACAUGUUCCACGAUGCUCACAACGUUUUGCUGUGUGUGCCGGGGUUCCUGGGUGGGGCCAUGCUACUGGUGGUCUCACAGAACUUCAAGAACCCGUUCGCCCUCUCAACCGCCAUCAUGGUCAUGCCAGUGGUUUUCUUCCUGGUGCUGGCAAUCGGCAGUAUCUCACUCGAUCAAGCGCGUCAAGACGGAUGGGUCGACCCCGUGGAGAAAACUGCCGAUAUCUCGGAGCUCGUCAACCUCUUCGACUUCGACCUCGUGCAUUGGGAUCAGAUCCCCAACCAGGUCGUCACGUGGAUCGGUAUGGUCUUCAUCGUCGCCAUCUCGUCCAGUCUCGACGUCGUCGCUAUUGAGAUUGACAUGGGGACCAAACUCGACAUCAACCACGAGCUCAAAACUGUAGGCUGGUCCAACGUCGUCAGUGGAUUACUCGGUGGCUACACGGGGUCCUACAUCUUCGGUCAGACGAUCUUCACCUGCCGCUCCAAGACCAACUCUCGGAUCGUCGGCGUGUGUGUCAUCCUGGCCGAGAUCGCGAUUGUUGCUGUCCCAGUGUCCGUCAUGAGCUACGUGCCUCGGUUCUUCUUGGCGGCCACACUCUUCUUCGUGGCCUUGGAUCUCAUGCUCGAGUGGCUGGUGCUGGCAUAUCGGAAGAUCUAUAUCCGAGUUCCUAUCGUGCACAACAACCUCGAUUCUUCCGUAGAAGAUCGGGACCUUAUUGAGAGCACCGUUCAGACCAGAAAACACGCUGGUAUUGCACAUUUCGAGUUCGGCGGAUAUCUAUUCUUUGGCUCUGCCGUCCAGAUCCUGGACACCGUGCAGAAAAGUGUCUACGUUCGCAGGAGCAACAGUGCCAAACAACUUUCGAGCAACGUCAACUACAUGGAUCUACCACUCUCUCAUGACUCAAGUCUCCUUCCGAUCCGCGAUGCCCCAGUUCAUUGCUUAGACGGAACCCCAGCCCCUAAUGAGCACGUUUCACCAACGCAGUACGUCGUCAUGGAUUUCACUCGUGUCGCCGGCAUGGACGCCACGGCAACACGCGGCGCCUUCCUCAUCCUCAAGAAAUACUGUAAGAACCACACUAUUCCCGUCGUCUUCGCUAAUGUCUGCCCUGAUAUCCGCUCGUUACUGAUCAAGAACGACGUCGCCAGCACCACUGACUUCUUUCCUACGGCCGAAUCUGCAUUUGCCUUCUGUAUCGGUCAGGCGCGUCAGGCCGUGGAGGGCGCCACGUUGAAGCUGGAGCAGUUCCAGCGCCAAGUUCUCGCCAUCAAGCGCGUGUCCGUCGCCUCCGGUUCCGUGGAUGAAGACCUGCACGACCGUAUUCGCUUCGCCUGUCUUUUACAAGAAGAAAUCGCCAAGGCGCUGGCCCGCGUACCUGUGGACGCUGCCAACUCUCUCAUUAAGCGAAAAUUGUGCAAAGACUUUGAGAGUAUUUCGAACCAAUUGGAGACGGCUGUGCUGCGCGUCUCGGCGCGCGAACAGGAGCAGCAACAAGCGCUCAAAGACCAACAGCAGGACGGUCGCAUCGUGGCCGAGCACCAGGGCCAAGUGUUUGAGUUUGCAGAGCUUGAGAACGAGAUCGCGCACAACGAGGCGCUGAUCGAGGAGCGUGAACAGGACAUCAACAAAAUCCACCAGAGUGUGGCACAGGUUAACGAAAUCUUUCGAGACUUGGCCUCCAUCGUGCAGGACCAGCAAGGAGCUAUCGACGAUAUUGAGACUCACGUGCACGAGAGUAUGCAACAGACGCAACAAGGUCUGGACGAGGUCAAGAAAGCUUCAGAUGCACAGGGGUACUGCACGAUUCAAUAG